AGCCAAGAAGUCUGGAAAUCCAACACAUUGGCACCAGUUUCGUGCUGCUAGGAAAAGGUUACACCAGAACUUGAAAACUGCCAGAGAUAUCUAUGUGUCAGAGUACCUUGGCGACGCGAUUGAAGAAAACCCAAAGCGUUUUUGGUCUUAUGUGAAGCAACUAAAGCAGGAUAACCUGGGAGUAGCAGAUUUGGAAAUUGAUGGAAAAUUAAUUAGUGAUGGACAAACUAAGUCUGAAAUCCUUAAUAAGCAGUUUUCUUCUGUUUUCACUGACGAAAAUCUUGCAAAUAUACCAGCAGUAGGUGAUAAUCCUAAACCAGCAAUAAGACCUAUCAGUAUUUCCAUCUCCGGUGUCACUAAGCAGUUACUGUCAUUGAAAACAAACAAAGCUUGUGGACCUGACUCUAUCCCAUCCUGGUUCCUAAAAGAAUAUGCCCAAGACAUUUCACCCAUGUUAACUAAUAUUUAUCAAUGCUCCAUAGACACAGGAAUCGUGCCUUCUAAGUGGAAAAAUGCAAAUAUAUGUGGGAUCUUCAAAACAGGGAAAAAAUCAGAUCCGGUUAAUUAUAGACCUAUUUCUCUGACUUGUAUUGCCUCUAAGAUAUUGGAACAUAUAAUUCACAGUCAUGUUAUGAAACAUUUGCAACAAAACAACGUGCUAACGGACUGUCAACGUGGAUUUAGGGCAACGUGGUGA